AUGGCUACAGGUGGGCCGCAGUUUACCGACAGGAGCGCAAAGGCGCUCACAGAUGCCGCAAAUCUAGCGGAACAAUACGCUCAUUCCCAGAUCCUCCCCGUUCACCUUGCAGUCGCCCUCUUUGAUCCCUCUCCAGAUGAGUCGAAAGACCAACAGACGACGGCCAAUGCCUCACAACAACAUGCCUCCGCUCCUCUUUUCCGACAGGUGGUAGAGCGAGCCCAUGGUGACACCCAACUUCUAGACAGAGCACUCAAGAAGGCCCUGGUGCGGUUACCGAGUCAAGAUCCCCCGCCAGAGCAUGUCACCAUGUCCCCGGCAUUGGCCAAGGUCAUCAGAUCCGCAACGGAACUGCAAAAAACUCAGAAAGACAGUUUCGUGGCUAUCGACCACUUAAUUGUCGCCCUCGUUCAAGACCCGAAGAUCCAGGAGUGUCUGAAGGAGGCCAAUGUUCCAAACACGAAACUCAUCGACAACGCAAUCCAACAAAUCCGCGGAACCAAGCGGGUCGACUCCAAGACGGCUGAUACCGAGGAGGAGAAUGAGAACCUCAAGAAAUUCACCAUUGAUAUGACACAACUAGCCAGAGAAGGCAAGCUCGAUCCCGUCAUUGGUCGAGAAGAAGAGAUCCGACGAGUGAUCCGAAUCCUGUCGAGGCGGACAAAGAACAACCCUGUCCUGAUUGGUGAGCCCGGUGUCGGUAAGACCACAAUUAUUGAAGGUCUAGCGCAACGGAUCAUCAACGCCGAUGUCCCCGCCAACCUGGCUGCAUGCCGACUACUCUCACUUGACGUCGGGUCUCUUGUUGCUGGCAGCAAGUACCGAGGUGAAUUCGAGGAGAGAAUGAAGGGCGUACUCAAAGAGAUCGAACAGUCCAACGAAAUGAUCGUUCUGUUCGUGGACGAAAUCCACCUUCUCAUGGGUGCUGGCGCCAGUGGUGAGGGUGGCAUGGACGCUGCCAACCUUCUCAAGCCCAUGUUGGCCCGUGGUCAACUGCACUGCAUUGGUGCCACCACUCUUGGUGAAUACCGCAAGUACAUUGAGAAGGAUGCCGCCUUCGAACGACGAUUCCAACAAGUCUUGGUCAAGGAGCCUACGGUGCAGGAGACCAUUUCCAUUCUUCGUGGUUUGAAGGAACGGUAUGAAGUCCACCACGGCGUCACCAUCCUCGAUGGUGCAAUCGUGGCAGCGGCACAACUGGCUGCUCGAUACAUCACAUCCCGACGACUACCUGACUCGGCUGUCGACUUGAUUGAUGAGGCAGCUGCAGAUGUCCGUGUCAUCAGAGAAUCGCAGCCCGAAAUCCUCGACAACCUCGAACGCAAGCUCCGGCAGCUUGAAAUUGAAAUCCACGCCCUGCAGAGAGAAACCGACCCAGCUUCGGUGGAACGUCUGGAAGCCGCCAAGCGCGAAGCAGCCAAUGUCAAGGAAGAGCUGGCGCCACUCAAGGAGCACUACGAACGUGAGAAGGCCAGAUCGAGGGAGAUCCAAGAUCUGAAGAUCAAACUCGACCAACUCAAGAACAAGAGAGACGAGGCCGAGCGUUCGCACGAUCUCCAGACUGCUUCCGACUUGACAUACUACGCCAUUCCGGAUGUGACGGCCAAGAUCAAGCAGCUCGAGAAUGCUCGUGCUCAGGAAGAGGCCGAGAACCGUGCCAGACUGGGUUCAAUGGGCGAGGCCACACCUACCGACGCAGUUGGUCCCGAACAGAUCCAGUCCAUUGUGGCCCGGCAAACCGGUAUCCCGAUCCAGAGACUCCGUGCCUCGGAGAAGGAGAAGAUCCUCCACAUGGAACAGUACCUGCAGAAGGUGGUUGUCGGCCAGAAGGAAGCUGUCAAGGCGGUCUCGAAUGCCAUCAGACUGCAACGAUCUGGGCUUAGCAAUCCCAACCAACCACCCAGCUUCCUGUUCUGUGGGCCUUCCGGUACUGGUAAGACUCUCUUGACGAAGGCGUUGGCGGAGUUCUUGUUCGACGACCCGAAGGCCAUGAUCAGAUUCGAUAUGUCUGAAUACCAAGAACGACAUUCGCUAUCGAGAAUGAUCGGUGCUCCUCCAGGCUACGUCGGACAUGACGCCGGUGGUCAACUAACCGAGGCCCUCAGACGGCGCCCGUUCUCCAUCUUGCUAUUCGAUGAAGUCGAAAAGGCUGCCAAGGAGGUUCUCACCGUCCUUCUUCAGCUCAUGGACGACGGCAGAAUCACUGAUGGCCAAGGUCGUGUGGUGGAUGCCAGAAACUGCAUUGUGGUCAUGACCAGCAACCUUGGUGCCGAGUUCCUUUCGCGCCAGAACGCACCAGAUGGCAAGAUCGAUCCGACCACCAAGGAGCUGGUGAUGAACGCCCUUCGCAACUACUUCCUGCCUGAGUUCUUGAACAGAAUCAACUCGAUUGUCAUCUUCAACCGGUUGACUAGGAGAGAAAUCCGGAAGAUCGUCGAGCUGAGAUUGAACGAGGUCCAGAAGCGGUUGGAGGCCAACGACAAGAAGAUCACCAUCCACGCUACGGACGAGGUCAAGGAUUAUCUGGGUGCUGCAGGCUACUCGCCAGCCUAUGGUGCUCGUCCUCUCCAGAGACUUAUCGAGAAGGAGAUCCUUAACCGUCUGGCCGUCCUCAUCCUCAGAGGCGCCAUCAAGGAUGGUGAGACUGCCAAUGUGGUCUUGGAGGAUGGCAAGGUGGUCGUCCUGCCAAACCACACUGACAGUGAAAUGGAAGACGAGGAGAUGUGGGAUGAAGACGAUGCCAUGGCAGAAAUCGAAGACUCCCGCGAAGGUGGUGGCAACAUGGAUCUCUACGAGUAA